CUUGCCUGGAGGACGGACGGAGACACAAGCAAGGCAGCGCCAAGACGGGCUAGAAAAAAAAGGCUGGAAAGUUACGUCAGGCAGCCAAGUGCACGCAAUUACCAGCAGGCUCCAGACGGAGAUGUAGGCGGUCCGACCCACCUUGCACCGAUGCCCCAGCUCCCCGAACUGGUGUGUCUGCUGGGGCUGGCUGGAGUGACCUGGGAGAAAGCUACUGCACUGGAAAACUCUUAGCAGGUUGAUCACUAGGAGCUGUCUGUGAUCACACCCCCAACUCCCCCCAAAACACCUACCCACCUGCCUGCUUACCCUGCUUGCUGUCUGCCCAAAUAGGAGGGCAUGAUCACCUGGGCUUUAACCAGCUAAUGGAUACACAAGCAUCCGUGAACUCAGUGGCUAUCUCUGUGUGCACAGAGGUGUUUUGGAAACCUGACCCAGAAAGAUCUAUAAGCCUUCACAGAUCCCAGAGAAACUGUGAAUGAUUGUGAAACAGAAAGAUCCUGUCACAGCGAGACAUCACCCAAUCCUGCCCUCUCUUCUCAGGGCAUGGCCCAGGUCCAGGAUGGACAGCCAAAAGAAUGCGACAGCCCUGCGAUGUUAGAGGAGAGUCAGGAUGGUAUGGACAGUGGUAGCUUGACCCCUGGCACAGCGCGACAGGUCUGCAUCCAGCGGCAUCCCCUCCAUGGCUUCGGCUUCAUUGCUGGCAGUGAACGGCCUGUCAUUGUACGCUCUGUCUUUGCAGAUGGUCCAUCUGACGGCAAGCUUCUAGCUGGUGACCAGAUCCUAGCCAUAAACGAAGAAUCCGUCAGCGACUCGCCUAGGGAGAGAGUCAUAGACCUUGUAAGACAUUGCAAAGACUCUAUUGUUCUCACUGUGCUGCAGCCCCAACAGUCACCUAAAUCUGCCUUCAUAAGUGCAGCCAAGAAAGCUCGCCUGCGAACCAAUCCUCCUAAAGUGCGCUUUUCUGAGCAAGUGUCCAUCAGCGACCCAGACUCAACCAUGCUUAAAGACGACUCGUUGCUACUGAUACCAAAUGUGCUGAAGGUGUUCCUGGAGAACGGCCAAAUCAAGUCCUUUACAUUUGACAGCCGUACCACAGUCAGGGAUGUGAUAUCCUCGCUCCAAGACCGUCUCUCUCUGCGCUACAUUGAACAUUUUGCUCUGGUUCUGGAAUCUGGAGGGCUUGAUCAGAACCAGAGACUGCAUCUUCUACAGGAGAGCCAGCCUCUCUCUCAUGUGGUGCACAGAACCUACUUCCAGGGGAUGAAGUGUCUAUUCCGCAUCUGCUUCUUUCCCAAGGACCCUGCUGACUUAUUGAGGAGAGACCCUGCUGCCUUUGAGUACCUCUACAUACAGAGCCGCAACGAUGUCAUCAAAGAGCGCUUUGGAAUGGACUGGAAGGCUGAUGUCACUCUUAAGUUGGCAGCCCUUCACAUUUACAUCACAGUGUCAAUAGCAAGGCCCAGUCAGAAGAUCUCCCUCAAGCAUGUGGAGAAAGAAUGGGGUCUGGAACCUUUCCUUCCUCUUACCUUGUUGCCAACUGUCAAGGAGAAAAAUGUCUGCAAGACCCUUUCACAGCUGUUGAAAACAUAUCAGCACCCUCCACCUGCUGGCAACAAGGUGCCUCCUCUUCAAGGAAAGUUACAGUAUAUACGUGUGCUGAAUGACCUUCCACCAUUUGGAGGCUUGUUGUUUCACACAGUGGGACUGGAUGAAAAACACACAGCCACUACAUUGUUAGUGGGUCCUAGACAUGGAAUCAGUCAUGUAAUUGACCUAAAAAAUAAUCUCACAACUGUCCUGGCUGAGUUCAGCCGUGUAACAAAGGUCCAGCUGUUCCGGGAACAUCAGGGAGUAGCCCGUGUGGAGGUGGUCAUUCUUGAAGCUAAGCCCCUGGUUUUGUUGAUGGAGUGGCCGGACGCAUCAAACUUUGCCUGUUUGAUUUCUGGCUAUUACAAGCUCUUUGUGGAUCCCAAAAGGACCAUCUACUACAGGACACCUGGUCAGUCUCAAAUGAUCAAGGCAGAUUUCAGAAGCUCCCACCCUCAUUCACGCUCUGGGCCCUCUACAUCGAGUAGCAGUCGGCGAGAGGAGAGAGAGGGGACAUCCAGAGAGGCAUCUCAGAAGCCGUCAGCUGUGCCACCGUCACAACACCUUGGGCUGUGUCACAUCCAUUUGAAAGAGCAGCAGAAGCUGCAGGAGCUCCAGAUGCAGGCAGAGAAGUUGGAUAUUAAUGAGAAUCUCAUCUCUCAGUCACAGAACCGCUCACGCACCAAGUCUGAUCCCACCCUAAAGAUCACCGAGUCGGAAGCUGACCCAGAAAGCCCAGCUCAUGAUAGCUCAAACUUCAGAAGUAGGGCUAAAACACUGGAAAAUGCAAAGCGCACAGGGAGAUUCUUUUGCGACUCCUGCAAGGCAAAACUUAAAGCUGGAGGUGUGAUGUCAGAAAAGGGAGCUUCGGGGAAGCUUGCUCUGCAUUGCACAAAUGCCUGCUUUUCCCGUGAUGGAGGAGCUGUUGAUCUCACAGCCCUCCCCCCUCCUGGGAGUGAAGAGGAUGAGGAAGUGGAUGAAGGAGGGGGAAAACUGCAACCUCCCCCUCCUGCUAUAGCGGCACCACCCCCAGGCUUUCGAGAUAACAGCUCUGAUGAGGAUGAUGCUAAAAAGAGCCAUAAAGCUGCUGCCACUGCUGCAGCUGCUGCCAGCACAACUUUAGCACCUGUGGCAGUCAGUCAAGAGGAUGUGCCCGUGACCCUGAUUGAUAAUGUGGCCACUAGGACAGUGCGAGAUCAUGCUCAAGAGCUUGAUGAUGCAUUAGUGUCCACUCUGCAGGCACUGGAGGCACUUGCUGCCUCUGAGGAUUACCCCCAUCAUCAUCCACAGACUCCACAAACAGCAGGGUUGAUUGUACUGGCUGCAAUUACUCCAGAGUCAUCCCUCGAUUCUGGACAUGAGACCAACUCAUCAGAGCUAACUGAUGUCUCAGAGAUGGUGUCUGCCAUGAAGCAGCAUCAGAACCAAGCCUACCUAUUUGCUCAUCACAUAAACAAGGAGCGAAUCUUCAGCCAUCGUGAUUUCCCUUUGACAAUCCCUGGCUGCACAACGCAGGCAAUUGGAGGAGGAGCUUUUUCCAUGAGUCAAAUCCGUGCUAGUUGCCCAUCGAAACCUGUGAUUCUCAGUAAAACUAUGCCCCUGAAAGGGACUACACCCUCUGGAACUCCCAAGGAGCAAAGUAAGACCCAACAUGUAAUAAAGACUGAACUGGAUGCAGAAAAAGCCAAAUCAGAACCCACCAAAGAGUGCACUGCAGAGCUUGUUCCUCAGGCAAAUGAGGAAUCCAAAGUUCUUGACCAAGAGAGCACUUCUGAAGUCAGCAAAGAGGAGAAGUCACCUUCAUCUAAAGAUGGUAAAUUGACCCCUGGCACCUCUGAAAAAGGAAAAGAGAAAAGUUCUGGGCACUCAACCCCAGAAACUACCGACAAAGCCUUACCUAUUCUCUUGCCUGUGGACAGAACUGCUUCUGCCAAGAUUUCUGCAACAAACAUAUGCCAAGAUGCCGAGACUGCCUCGAGUGAGACCAAUAAGCCUUCAAGUUCAAAGGGCCUACUGCCAGCUGAUGACUUGUUCUGCACAUGUCCAGUUCGAGCAGAGUCUGGACCACAACUGCGACUGAAAGACCCACAGGCACAAAAAGUAGUAGUGUUUCACUCAUGCUCUCCAACUGAUGAUGAGCGUCUUCGUGCCAAAGGACUUCAGUUAGCCAGCAACAAAGACGGUGCAGCAAGGACACCUGAUAAAAAUGUACCUAAACCUAAAGCCCUUCCCACAGCAAAGUAUUCCCCAGUCAUGCCAGUGAAAAUGGAAAGGAAAGAUUUACUUGAGGUCAAGUCAGAGAGCUUGAAGAGUAAAGUCUCUGCUGAACCACAGAACAACACUAAAAAUGUGCCUGUUCUAGUAGACACAACUCAUGUUUUGAGCUGUGGAGAAAAGGGUGCAACUAUACCUGGGGCAGAGUAUAAGAAGCAGGCAAACAGCAAAGUCAAGUCUCAGCGUAGCGCUCCAUUUUCAAGUAUCAGAAAUCUGCUCUCUGCCACAUUCCCUGCCCGACUGCGGCGGGAGACAGAUGAACGCCGAGCACAGCUUCAGAAGGUGAGGCAAUAUGAACUUGAGUUCCUGGAGGAGCUUCUAAAGCCCAAAACAUCACAAGGAGAGUUCUUGCCCCAGGGCUCAUCUCCUGUCCCCUCGGGUACUCCAUGUGCUUGCCAGCUGCGUACAAGUCCAGUGCAGAAAGUCCCUGGGAUCUCACGAGAGCAGCGACGUAGCUGUGAUUGCAAAAGGUUGUGCAGGGGAAUGCGUCUCCCUGAUACUCCAGUAGGUUCUGCAGUGGAAAACAGAGGAAGAGAGAGGACCAUCUCCAAAACUCCCCCUGUAAAGCCCAAAUCACCACAUGCUCAAGAGGGGCCUAGGCGGCCCCAGUCUUUAGAGAUCAAGACCACACGAAUCCGCUCCACAAGCUUGGAAUCAAGGGAGCCCAAAGACACACCCACGUCCUGUUUACCCAUGUGUACGUCCCGCUCAGAAUGCACUGGAGCACCACAGUACAAGAAGCUACAAAGGCGGUAUAGUAUAGGAGAGAUUGAUAACAAUGACAGCACACCCCUUUAUGCUGAGGUCAAACCUACCAAAACAAAAAGCUUGGAAAAGGAAAUGGAAAGAGUUAGGGCUACAGGACUGAGACUUCCAACUCCAGUGGAACCCAUUCAUACUCAAGGUGGAGAUGUCAAAAAGAAGGGAGUAUUCUUUAUCCAAGGUGAAGAAAUUCUUCGUGAGGGUCGAGAUGGCACUGAGGUUCUACUUGGCUUGCCAAGCGAAGACAGUGAGGACAGGGAAAAAUGUUGCUCCUUUUGUUUCUGCUACCGUAAGUGCGAGGCUGCUGAUGAGAGCAGUGAAAAAGAUGAACUGUCAUAUUCCAUUCCUCUUCAGGUCUUGCCUGGAAUGCAGCUGGAUUCAAGAGCUAUGCCUGUAGUCAGCAAGACAUUGCAGGUACUUGAUGCUGAGGAUUGCAGUGGAGAAGAAGAAGACGAAGAGGAGGAGGAACCACAAACUCAGGAGAUUGACCUACGGGCCUGUGGAAAUUUGGAAAGUAGUUUGGCACGAGUGCAUUCCCUGCAGGGAAAAACUUUCAGCCUACCUGAUGGCUUUUUAAAUGCACAACUUGAUGCUAAUGAGCUGCUCUCUAUUUUACGACAGUGUGCCAACAGUCCCCAGAAUGAGAGCGAACCUCGCAUGCCUCCAGCAAAGCUGGCAGAGUACAAGCAAGAGCUUGCAGUCCGCUUCAAAGAGUUUAGAGCAUCAUGCCGCCGGGUGGCAAGUGUUGAGAAAAGUCCUUCACGAAUGUUAAGUGCUGUCACAGCCAGUUUCCAAGUGUUGUGCAGCCUAACUCAGACAUUCAUUCGGUUGGUGCGUGGCGUACGAUCUGAGAACCAAAAGCUACAGCUCUUGCGAAAGGUAGAAGAGGUUGCAGUGAACUACACUCUGCUUCUUCGGGCUGCUGAAGAGGCAAUGGGACACUCCAGCAGCUUGCCCACAAAGAGCGCAAGUCCACAACUAUCCACCUCCACCAAUCUGGGCUCCCUUACUAGGCCCAUUAAAACCUUGCCCAGCAAGUAACGCACCCUUUUUGCACAAGGGGAUGUCAUACUUGGCAUGAGUAAUGUUAUACAACACUCCUGGUCAAUUGUUUUGUUUACAUAUUAACCGAUCUUUCCAUGAUUCACUAUCUGCCAAACUAGCGCCAUUACAUGUUUACAGAGGUUUGCCAGCACUAUGUUGCUCUCUCUCUUUGCUGAGGACCUCUAUCCACCUUCCACUUGUUUGAGCCCAGGAGGAAGAACAAUAGAACCAUCCUCUGCCCCCUGCUCUAUGGAUGACCAACAGGGCUACAUACUUAAAACUUUUUCAUACAGGUUGUUGUCCUUGUUAAAGACUCAAGUUUUUGAACAUGUUUAAUGAUACCUAUAUUUAAAGAAUAAAUCUGGAGUAAUUUUACAAUAUGUAAAAAAUAAAAUAAAAUCUGUAAUAAAUAUUCCUAAAUAAUAAUACAUAAUCUGAAAUAUGUGCCCUGGAUUAAAUUUUUCAGAGGAAAUGUUAAGUAUAAGAUUCUGUGAAAUAGGUAGCGAAAGCGAUGGUUAUUUGGUGAUGUGCUUGUUUGUACAAUUUUGAUUGUUGUGACAUGAACUUGAGUAUUCCCUUGUUGCAAUAUCACAGUCAAUAUUUCGAUUUGUAUCACCACAAAAGUCCAAAUUGCCAUGAUUGAAAAGGAUGUUCAUAGACCAACUAGGGCCAGCUCACAAGGUGGCGAAAUGGAACACCUGCUCGGAGCAGACAAUGUAGCAGACUUCCAAACUCGCUAAUAUGAAUUCCUUUCAGUAUUACCCAUCGUGAAUUAAAUCAACUCGGCCUCACUCAAAAUACAAAACACUUCUCUCAUAAGCACGCACAAAGUUGUGUACUUUCACUCUGUCACAUCAAAUGCACCAUACUAAUAUAGCACCACACCAGUGUUCCUGGCAGAAAUAUUUUAGCUUGGAAAAAUGUGAUAAAACCCCUGAAUUUCAUCUUUCAUUUCACACUUCAUGCUUGCAUUAAAAUUAUGUCUAAAAGAUUAAACUGUUUCUAUACACGUACAGAUGUAAUGGUGGCCAAAAGGUUCUGCCUUUUUAAUAUAUAAAGACAUAAAUAUAAAGAUUAAUGUUCAAAGAUGUUUCAGCUUUCCCCAUAUUUACUCUUCUAUUUUUUAAAUUUCUUGUGAUGUCAUCCAUUGUGCACUCCAGAGAAUAUUAAAGAAUCCCACAGAGUAGUUUUAUAUGUAUUUUAAUAAAAUCCACAGCUGUUUUCUGUCUGAAAACUUCUGUCUUCUCUUCUAAUUUCUGAUUUAAAUGACCUCAUUAAGAACCAUCAUAAUGAAUCUUUAGUCAUGGUUUAUUAUGAAAGCUACUUUUGUUCUGUUGCCUUGCAUAUUUAACCCCCUAUUCUUUUAUCUGGAAUUUAUAUGAAACAAAUGCUGUUGAGUACACAAUUUGCUGAAUGACUGUUAUUGGACAUGGGUAUUGUCAAAGGGAACACAGAAUCAAUGUUCUGAAGUGAGAAUUCAAAUUAAAGUGUACUCUUCUCUAUUUAAACUGUAAAAACAUUGUAAAGGAUAUGAGACAUUUGUGAUGCUUAAAACCAUUUUGAGAAUAUUCAGUACUAGCAUUGUGAAGAUUUGUCCAAAUCCUUCACUGUUUUGUAAAGAAAGGGAAAUAUAACAUGACUGUAAAUUAUCAUUUAUAAUAGUCAUGUAUUAUAGUUAAAUAGUAUCUAUAUUUUACAGAAUAUAUUAUAAAAAUCCAACCUGGGACAUGUUUAUUUUUAUAAAAUACAUAACUACAUUUCCUCAUAGUUCAAAAUAUUUUUGACAUUUUUUAUGGUUUGGCUGCAUUGCCAAAUGUGUUUUGUCCCCGUGUUUCAUGAACUUUCUUUUUAUGUAUAUGUAGCCAUCUUAACUUUUUGAGUUUUUGUCAAAAGCAUUUGUGCUCACUAUGGUCUUAUGUCUGUGUGUAAGGUCAUGUUUAAAAGCAAUAAAGAAUACUAAAGUUUAAAUUUUUUCAGCCAAGUUUUGCCACCAAUAUCUAAAUUAUUGACAUUAAUUUAAAUGUUUGUUCAGUUUUAAAUGUUUAUACGGUUUCAUUUAAUAUGACAAGAUUUUUUUUCUCUAAUGGUGUUAACAUAUAUAGUUAUUUUUAAAAAUGGAAAUAAUGAAAAUUAGAAGUUUGCUUUGAGUUCACAGAUAAAAUGGGUAUCGGUACGCAGGAAAAAUGCUGCCCUCUCAUGAGACGUGCCCUGAAUUUUUGUGGCAAGUGUCUCUGUAUCUGGUGGCGCAAUGACAUGUGAAUUAUCAACUGUAAUCUUUGCCACUGACUCUGUAAUAAAUGUACUGUAGCAAUCUCAAGCUGAAGGGGUAUUCAAAUGACUAGCUCAGAAAGCAAUUUUCGGAAAUAACACUCCAAAUAUAUUACCGUAAACUACACUGUCGACUGUUCAGCAGUGUGCAUUUAUAAAACAUUGCUGAAUAAUAUUUUGUUCUGUAAGGAAUUAUGAAAAUAUAGGAGAAGCAAGAUGAUGAUAUUGCGACAAGUUUCAUCCUUAAAAAACAGAUCAGGAUGGUAGAGAUCCCCGAGGGUAGUGAGUUGUGAUCCUCACAUGAACAAUAAAAAUAAAUAAAUAAAAAAAAAUAAAAACCAAAAAAAAAAAACAAACAAUAAUGUGCAACAGAACUUUCUUAAUGAACAUUUCAAACUAAGCAGUAAUUUUAACAAAUGUGGGUUACCCUACUAGAGAAACGGUCCAGUGGUUCCUUCAUACCAUUAUGCUAUGAAUAAUGCAGGAAAAAAAAUGAAUCAGAGUCCAGCUCUUUCAUGCAAAACAAAAGUUCUAAAUCCCAGAUCACACCUAGCUCAAUUCUUUAAGUAAUCAGACAUCAUUACAAUUAAAUAAUCAAGGCCUUCAUAAACAAAUUCUGUUACUCCCAGAAAAACUGGGAUUCUCUGGCCUGGGAUUUAGAGCCACUGGUCUAUAAUUACACCAAGACAUCCUGCAUGGAUACGCAAGUCCACUAAUGCUAUUCUAUACAUGCACUGACAUGUCCAACUGUUUUAUUUAGUUAAAUUAAUUAGUUGCUUUAAUUAAAAGGUGUUACAAACAGCAUGCACCGUGGCAAAAUGAGAGCACACACUCUUUAGGCACACUGUGGACCUCCAAUGCCAUGCUAUGCAUAACAUUGUUUCCACUGGUCAAAUAUUCUUUACCCUACUCAAGAAGGGCUUUAUCUGAAUAUUAGGUGUCAACUUAGAAAAAACAGCAAACCAUGCAGUUCAUGUGGUGCCCAGUUUUUGACUGAUAUUGGUAGUGCUGCUGUUAAAUUUGCCUGUAAUAAAUUGUUCAUAUAUGACAAGGAAAAAUUGCAGAAUAUACCUGUAUCAUCCCUGUAAUUUUAGCUUGUCACACUAACAGAAUCAUGACAGUUGGGCUAAUAUCAGGUAUGACAUCUUGGUAUGAACCAAGACGAACCAAGAACCAAGUUACUUUUGCAGCACAUAGUAUUUCAGGUGGAGAUUUGUUGGUAUUUCUACAGUGCUCAAAGCUAAAAUCAAAAUGAAAGCAGUUACUGACAUAAUGGACCUAGGUUAGUUCAGUUGGUAAAGUCUGCCAUGAUUAGGUACGUUUACCCAGUACAGAAAAUUGGAUUUGGAACAAAAAAAGAACUGAUGCACUUUGAAUAAGAGUUUCACUUGUCAUUAAAUGUAACUUAACUGCACAAUUGAGACCUGUUAAAAAAAAUAAUAAUCACUUUUGAUUUACUGAAUUCAGUGCAAGAAAAAAAUACAAUACAGAUAAGGCAUGACCAAGUCAAAAUCCAAAAUAGUUGGCAAUAUAUGCACCUUUGCCAAUUACAUGUGUUGCAUGUGAUUAUACGUACACAUUAAGUAGUGGCAUUCACAAAGGUAACAGCUAAAAUAUUUAUUCCAACUACAGUGACUUCAAUUUUUGACCAAGAUUAAGAGCCCAUCAUAAAAUUCAUCAGGAAAAAAAAUAUUACUGGUUGCCAUUGAAAGACUACUCAGAGUGAGCAUGUUGUUAACUAUUUGCACAUAUACAUGUUUACAUAUGCAUGCUGCAUAAUACAUAUGUAAACAUGCAAAAGUAGAGAAUUCAGAUACCACAGAUGACCUAGUGAAACUCAACAUGAUGACUGAGAUUGCUAAAAAAAAAAUUAAAAAAAAAGGGGGGGGGGGGCAGGCACACUGCUAGCUGGUAAAACACUGGCUGAUGGAGUACAUUGCAGCCCACACCAAAGUGAUCACAGGGAUCCUUGUAAAAUGUCAUACUGUGCUUUCUUUUAAAUGACAGCACUUCAAGCAUCACUUACCCAAUUAACAUUAAGGACAUUGUUUUACUUGCACCAUUUCAGCAAAGAAGAUUCAAAAAUAUAGACAUUUGAGAUACUACCCAAUCAGUGGUUUUCUUGCAGUAAAUUUGUGGACAAUGAUAAAAUGACAACAGUGACUGUUACUGCCUAGUUUCACACAUUUACAGCCCAGUCUGCUUCAGGAACAUGGCAAGUGGCCUUGAAAGGUUAUUUGAAAAGCUAAAAAAAACAAACAAACAAACAAAAAAAAAAAAAAAAA